GGACGCCGGCAGUGUACCGCGAGCCGCGAUGCGACCUCGUGCCUAGACGCCACGCCGCCUCCUGUGUCGUGCCAGCCGCCCACUGCCAACCCCGCAGCUCGCGAGGAAGCGAAUGACUGACUACGUAACAAAACUGAAGACAUUCCUCAGACUGUCAACUAACUGAUUAUUUUUUUUCCUGAGAUGUUGAACUGAUCCACAAUGAAGUCUCAAAAGAGCAGCCCUCUCCUCUCCUUCCUGGUCUUCUGCUUUUUUGGAGGACUUGGAAGCCUCUUUCCCUUCUUGCCACUGCAUAUGGAAGCAGUUGGACUGACAUUAUUUGAAUCAAGAGUUGUAUCGGUGGUGUCUGCUCUUGUGGCUCUCCUAGGCCCACUACUUGCCUGUCCACUCGCUGAUAGAUUGGGUGGACCUCGAGGGCAGACUAUACGAGUGCUCCUGGCUGCCACUGCAUUACUGGGGGCAAUUUUUUAUGCUCUUCUGAAUACUAUACCUACUGUAAGACAUCUGGAUGCCCGACCCCCUGUAGUGCAGUUUGUAUGUGACCCAGAUGGUGCCGCUGUCAUGUAUGAACAAUGUGGAGAUUCAUGCCCCCAGCUGGAUCCUGACCAGGCUAGCUCUCUCAUUUUACAUGAGUGCUAUUAUGACUGCUUUGAAGCCAAAGGUCUAUCUGGGGAGCCAGAAGGUACUUCUGCAGCUGUGCCUGCAACAGAUGACCAACCAGAUGAAUCACAAACCACAGUUGCCGAUGAGUCCCAGACAACCCCUUCUACUAUCACUGAUGCCAUGGAUUUGAGUGAAACUGAACCACCAGAAAUUGAUCUAGAGGUACCAGCAAAUCCCUCAGAUGAUGGCAGCAGAAGACGUCGACAAGCAAAAUCUGAGUCAAAAAAAGAACUGCCUCAUCUGUGCCUACAAGCAGAUGAUGGAACACAGAUGUGCCAUGUAUACACAGAGUUUGGUGGCGGAAUUGGUCUGAAUACCAGCCUUUUAUCUGCUGCUGAGACAGAGGGGCGCUGGUGUCAGUACCAGCUAGGUCAAAGUGUUUCCUGUCGAGUGAAUGAUGGCCCUAAUUGUCGAGUCCGCUGUGGAUUGCAGCAGCCAUACAACUUGUUUCCUGAGCCAGAGAAGCUGUGUGAACGUUCAAUAGGUGAUCCUGUCCUUACAUUCUGGCUGUACCUUGUGAUACGAUCUGUUGCAGACAUAUUUCCAACAGCUGGACUAGCACUUUUAGAUGCAGCUCUUGUAAUUGCUACAAGAGACAAAGGUGGCAUUGGUCGUGAAUUCACAUGGGGAGGAAUUGGUGCUGCAAUCUGUGCCCCAAUUGUUGGUGUGAUAACUUGGCUGCUCGAUCUCACAGCAUAUCCUGUGCCAUUUAUUGCUUUUGCUAUAAUGAUGGCUAUUUUUGCUGUCGUUGCAAUGGUAGGAAGAUCAUUACCCUUCUCCAGACCAGAAUGGUGGGCUCAUGUGCACCCUCUUGGAGGCCUCAAAAAACAUGGUGGAGAGCUGGCUGUCCUUUCUGUUAUCUUGCUGCUCAUGGGAGGUCUCUGGGGUGCUCUGGACUCCUACUUGCCAUGGCAUUUGAUGGAGUUAGAAGACCAUAACCAACUAAUUAUAGGACUGACAGUGACAGUUGGAGCACUCUGUGCAAUUCCAUUUUUGUGGAAUGCUGAGCAUGUAGUGGAAUACUGUGGUCAUACCAAUUUACUCAUCAUUGCUUUUAUUUUCUACAUCAUAAGAUUUACAGUGUUUUCAUAUCUCUCAAAUGCAUGGUGGUCUCUGCCUUGUGAAAUAAUGGAAGUUUUCACGUUGAGCCUCAUGUGGGUGACAGCGAUCCUGUAUACCCGUCACCUUGCUCCUCGGCAUCUCACUGCAACUGCUCAGGGAAUGGCAGUCAUCUUCCAUUUCUGUUUAGGUCGAUGCUUGGGGGCACUGGUUGCAGCAUUACUAAGUGCUCACGCUGACGCAGAAGUGUUGUCUCUGCUGACAGUGUAUCGUGUGGGUGCUGUGGUAGCUGCAGUAAUUGCUACUGUGUAUUUCUCAGUGUAUUACUGCUGUCUGAAGGCAUGCUGUCCAGCCAAGGGUACUACUGGGCCUCGCAGUUCAGGUGUCACGCAAGGAGGCCCAACGUCAAAUGGAACGUACACUCCUUUGCGCUUCUACCACAAUGGUAGUGGCCAAAAGGAAGAAACAAAGAGUCAAAAGCGUUACUAAACCUGAUCCAUGUUUUGUGUGCACAACAUGGAAGUCAGUGACUUUGUGCAAAUUUCUUCUUCUAGGAGAGCACCAUUCAGGAACAAAAGACUUGCCAUGAACAUUUUUCAGAAGUGAUCAAUGUGUUUUAGAUGGUUUUGUAAUUUUUAAUUACAUGUAAAGUAUCUUUCUUUUUGUUUAUUUAAAUGUGUAUCUUAUAUACAAAUGGAAUAAAAUAUUUUUAUUUUAAUAUUUUCACAAA